GCAGACGAGCCCGGCUGCUGCUGGCUGGCUGGGCCAGGGAGGGCCGAGAGUGGCAACCGAGGCCCCCCCCGAGGCAUGCUCACCCCCUCGAGUGCCCAUGUCUAGAGGGGCCUUGGCUCGCAAGCACAGUGCUGGGGAGGAGCUGGGCCUGGAAGGGGGCUUGCUCUGCCAGCUGGUCCGCUCCCCGGAUUACAACCUGUUCCCCAACUCGGCGGUCUUUGAGAGCAACUUCAUCCAGGUGACGAAGAAGGGGAAAUGGGUGGACAUCACGAAUUCGCCCACCAUCGUGACCAUGGGAGUGACUUCCUCGGACCCCUGCCUGCCGCUCCCCAACGUCUUGCUGAUGGGGCGCCACAGGGUCCAGAUCCGGAGGAGCCACAGCAAGGCUUUAAGACGUCCCCCUCUAGAGCUGACCAGGCUGCUCCCCCUGCGCUACGUCCGCCUGUCCGUCCACGACGAAGCCCAGCGCAUCCUGCGCGUUCAGACUGUGACGGGGAAGGUCUACUACCUGCAGCUGCACCAGGAGCACCCCCGCGCCGUCUUCGCCCUGUGGAGCCGCCUGGCCGAGAUCCUGCAGAAGGGCCUCUCCAUCACCACCAAGGACCCCAACAUUCGCAUCCGCCACAGCUUGGUCCCCAGCGGCAGCAGCCCCUCCAGCAGCUCCUCCGAAAGUAAUGUGAAAUGGAUUAGCAAGAAGGUGACGGGGGCCCUCUCCCACAUCUCGAAAAGCCCCCCAAAGGACAAAGGGAGGAGGAAGGUGUCCUUUCAGGGAGAUUACAACGACGAACUCUCGGCUUUGUCCAAUGACAUGAAAGUGCUCUUCUACGAUGUGCCUGCCCCCCUGGUUUGCGCCCGGUGCAAAGGGCGCCUCUCCAAGACCUCCCGCCGGCACAGCCGAGAGCUCAGGCCCUCUGAGGCGGAUUUGGACCUCCUGCCUUGGAUGGACAGCAGGAGCUACGGACUCUGGCAGCAAGAGACGCCUACGUGGCUGCAGCCCCUCAACCGCCUGAGCAGCCUGGCUGCCGCAGGCCUGAAGUAGAAAGACGGGCAGAGGCACCGGAGAGGAAGGCUGGGCAGCGAUGGCACUGGGGAAACUGAGGCGCCGGCUGGCAGAGACUAGAGAGAGAAAGCCAAAGCAUAAUAAAACUAUAUGGCUGGGUGUGA